CUCUCUCCCUUCUGUCGCCCUUCUCUCCCUUGCCCCCCACCCUACCUGCUGGCCCAGCCCUCGCCCACAAGCUGACCCCUUCCUUUUGCAGGUGUGAACCGACACUUCCACAUGAUCUGUAUCCGAGACAAGUUCAGCCAGAACAUCGGUCGGCAGGUCCCAUCCAAGGUCAUCUGGGACCAUCUGAGCACCAUGUACGACAUGCAGGCGCUGCACGAGUCUGAGAUUCUUCCAUUCCCAAAUCCAGAGAGGAACUUUGUCCUUCCAGAAGAAAUCAUCCAAGAAGUCCGAGAAGGAAAAGUGAUCAUUGAGGAGGAAAUGAAAGAAGAAAUGAAGGAAGACGUGGACCCCCACAACGGGGCCGAUGAUGUUUUUUCAUCUUCAGGAAGCUUGGGGAAAGCAACAGAAAAGUCCAGCAAAGACAAAGACAAGAACAACUCAGACUUGGGGUCCAAAGAGGGGUCGGACAAGCGGAAGCGCAGCCGGGUCACCGACAAAGUCCUGACCGCCAACAGCAACCCCUCCAGCCCCAGCGCAGCCAAGCGGCGCCGGACGUAGACGCUCGCAGCGGGCGGCAGGGGAGGGCGGGUGGGCACCCUGGUCAUCCAGCGGUCAGUGGGGCCACGUGCCACCAGCCCUGCUGCCUGCCCUCGGGUGCCAGAGGCCCCUGUGGUGCCGUUCAGACUAUCUGGGCUCGGAGGCCCCAGCGACCGGGAUGGGCCUGCUCAGAUGCCCGGAGCCAAGGGGGUGAGCCCGGGCCAUGUCUUCUCUGGACACAUGUGGCUCCUGUGACAUCGGCUUGGCCACGCCUGUGCCCACACACUGGCACAGCCUGAGGACCAGGCACAGUGCAGGCGGGGAGACAGAGACCUGGCACAGCAAGCAAUAAAACAUCGACCUCCCCCUGCUCUGAGGGGCACUGGCCUUCCCGUCUGUCCAUAUGUCCGCGACGCUCUCUCAACUGACUGUGACCUCGGGAGAGCAUCAGGCCGCAGGCCACGGCCCCUCCACCACCCAAGAGACUGAGAACUGGAUAUUUUGCCUCAUUCACUUGUACUGUAACGAUGUAUAUAAUUUGGUUGGUAUUUCACUAUUUAAUUUUUAAGGAGCCUAUUUUACUAGUGUUUUAUAUGAAAAAAAUACUGCAAAAGUUAAACUCGUGUUGUAUUUUUUCUGAGCUGUUUUGUUUUAAUGUAACGACUACUGAGAUCCUUUCUGCUCAGUUUUUAUACGCCAGAUACAGAGAAUUUGUAGCGGUUAUUUUUGUAUUAACGAGUAACUUGCAAACAGACCAAAUGAGUGGAGGGCUGGCAGGACGGUGGGGCUGUCGCAGUCCGGGCCGGGAGUUGACUGAAAUCCGCUUUUGUUUGACUGAGGGAUAUUAAAGCACAAAAAAGCAA